GACAGCUAACAAGUGGUUAAGCAGGAAGAAAACUCUGAUUUGUGACACUUUUAAAAAAUAAAGAGAAACCUGUCUCUUUGCACCUAACCAUGUGGAUGAGGUUUGAGGUGUUUGUGUUCUUCUUCGUUCUGGAUGUCCAGGGUCAGGACCAAGCCUCGUUCCCCAGGUCCAGUGAUGGUCGCUGCCAGUACACCUUCACCGUGGACAACCCGGUGGAGUCCAGCUGUCCUGGCACAACAGAAGCCGAAAAUCUGAACGCUCGUAUCACGCUGCUUGAGACAGCAUUGAGCAGUCUGCUGGGAGCCGAGUCAGGAACGGAGACAAUCAGGACUCCAGCGGAGACAGAGGAGAUGCGGCAGCUUCUUCAGGAUAAAGAUCUGCUGAUCAGGAAGGUGAAGGAGCUGCAGGGACGAGUGGAGGAGCUCACAGUGGAGAAGGAGAUGCUUAGAAAGGAACCCUGUCCACUGGUCCCUGACAGCGAGGACGGAUUUGGCGUUAAUAGAGCCAGUGGCUGUGGGGAACUUGUUUCUGUCAGUAAGCCUGAGACGCAUCAAAAGACGGACAGCAUAACGGGGAAAUACGGGAUAUGGUUCCAGGACCCCGAGUCUCCAGGAGCUCCGUACGGACCAGACACGGUGUGGCGCAUUGACACCGUGAGCAGCGAUGUACGAGAGCUGUAUGCCUACGAAAACCUGGAGCAGUUCGCUCGUGGCUACCCCAUGAAGGUCCUGCUUCUACCAGAGUCAAUGGAGAGUACCGGGGCCACCGUGUACCAGGGUUCACUUUUCUACCAGCGCAAACAGAGCCCCAUGCUGCUGCGUUAUGACCUCACUGCUGAGAAGAUCAUGGUCCGUAGAGAGCUGCCACACGCCGGCUUCCAUGGCCAGUACCCUUACUCCUGGGGAGGCUACACGGACAUCGACUUGGCUGUGGAUGAGAACGGACUGUGGGCCAUCUACAGCACGGAAAAGGCUCGCGGAGCCAUCGUCGUUUCUCAGCUGGAUCCUGAGAACCUGGAAGUGACCAGGAGCUGGGAAACCAGCAUCCAGAAGAACAAAGUGGCGAACGCCUUCAUGGUGUGCGGCAGGCUGUACACAGUGGCCAGCUACAGAGCCAACAGGACCACCAUCAACUUUAGCUUCGACACGGCUAGUGGCCAGAGCAAAGCGGUGGAUAUAAGAUUCCACAAUCGUUAUGGCUACAACAGCAUGAUAGACUACAAUGCGGCGAGAAGGAAGCUGUACUCCUGGGACAACUUCCACAUGGUCACCUAUGAUGUGAAACUCACUGCAGCCAGCAGCUCACAAUGACAAACUGUGAUUUUAGACACAAGAGGCAGUGAGUGUAAUGGUUAUAACACCUGAUCCCUUUGUAAUUCAGCAGGGAAAAAUAGGCUACACUUGCAACAAUUUGUAACUUACUGCCAUCUUCUGGUUAAGUGAUGAAAUGCAGGUAGAGUGAUAGAAUAGAGUGCUUACAUUUAUUUAUGCCUUCUUGAUUAUUCUAUUUGGAUCCUUUAGUGUAUGAGAUAGAAAUCAAUCUUCCCUUCAUUAUAAGGAA